AUGUCGUUUUCAUCGAUUUCAUCAAAAACUCUUGAAACCGAUGAUAAUCAUCCGCAUAGUAACGAUAAACUUAUGAAUGAAAUCGUCGAAAAGUCCGAUGAACAUAAUGACGAACCGCUUGAUCCUCGAAUACAAAUUGAAUUAGAACGUGCAAAUGCUGCAACCAGUGAAAUAAAUAAUCUUGAAACUCAAUUAGAUGAAGCACAAAAAUUAUUUCAAACAAGUUUUACUAAUUGUAAACAGCGUUUAGCUGUUCUUGCAAAAAAACUUGGCAGUUGUGUAGAACGUGCAAGACCUUUUUUUGAUGCCUGUAAACAAGCUGAAGAAGCUCAGUCAGAGACGCAAAAAGCUGCACAAGAAUAUCAACGUUCCGUUGAAAUAUAUCGUGUUGCAAAAGAAGCAUUAAGUUUAGCUGAAAGUAAAUUGUUAAAAUCAGAUAAGCGUGCGUUUGAUGCUGCCUGGCAAGAAUAUGUGAAUCAUGCAACAAUGAAAGUGAUGCAAGCUGAGCAAGAUAAGACGCGUAGUGAACGAACACAUGAAGAAAAAUCGAAACUCUAUCAAGAAUAUGAACAAAAACGAGUAACACUUCAACGAUCAUUGAAUAGGUCAAUAACUAAAUCGAAACCUUACUUUGAUGCAAAGGAAUAUGCUGAAUAUGAAUUACAAAAUCAAAAAAUCCGCAUUGAAGCUGUACAAAAAGCAAUCAGCCAAGCAAAAAGAAUGUAUCGUACGGCAUUAAAUAAUCUUGAACGAAUAUCGGAAGAAAUACAUUUACAACGUAAUAAUCCAUUAGUAAUAAAACUUCCGCCACGUGAGCCCGGUGUUGGUUCAGAUAAACCCGAUGAUUUUAUUGAAAUGCCUGAUCUUGACUAUUCGACGGAUUUAUCCGUCCAGCGAGAAUUAACUGAAUUUCCAAAAAUCGAUAUAUCUGACGAAUCAACUGAUGAUGAAGAUGAAUCAAGAAAAUCACAUGAUGAAGCUCUAUCUAAUUCUAUAAGUUCAGUUUCGAUCGAUGGACUUUCAUUGUCGAAUAAAACCUCCGGUAUGUCAAAUAUUCAACAGACCAGUGACUAUGAAUCGUUUGCUGAUUGCAUGAAUCGAUCACCUAUCAUUGCUUGUGCUAAUGCUCGGAUCGCUACACCUUUGACCAAUGUCAAUUUUGACAAUCGCUAUAGUCUUCAGUCGUCGGCUCGAGUAAAUGGCGAGGGUUCAUCAUUACCGAAUGAUCAACAAAAACGAAGAAAAAACGGUACAUCAACAACAACUGAAGUUCGUAAACAUGGUAAAACAACUCGAAUAAAAACAAAUAAUGAAACUCCGUUGCUUUCAAACCUCUUUGGAACCCAUAAAUAUGAUAGUGAUUCUAAUUUAAAUUCAAAUCUAUGA